GCUCACUGCGAGAGAGAGAGAGAGAGAGAGAGGGAGACAUGGUGGGCUGCGUGAAUUCUAUUUCUCCGCCGGUGAGCCUGUGCCCGCCACGUGCCUCUCUAUCUCCAGCUUCACGGUCGUCCUUCUCGUUUUCCGGCGAUGCCUUACACUCUCUUUUCCGGGAACCAACCAUAUUCCUCCGACGUGCUUCGAGAUCUCCGUCGAUGAUCGCUCCCAGAUUUCAGGUUGUGGCGGCCGAAAAAACGAAGCCUCUGAAAAUUAUGAUUUCAGGAGCUCCUGCUUCGGGUAAAGGUACACAAUGCGAGCUGAUUACUCAGAAAUAUGGUUUGGUGCAUAUCUCUGCUGGAGAUUUGCUGAGGGCAGAAAUCGCUUCUGGGAGUGAAAACGGAAGACGGGCAAAAGAGUAUAUGGAGAAAGGACAAUUGGUCCCUGAUGAAAUAGUUGUAAUGAUGGUCAAAGAUCGUUUAUCACAGACGGACUCAGAGCAACAUGGAUGGCUCUUGGAUGGAUAUCCGAGGAGCUCAUCACAGGCAACAGCUCUCAAGGGAUUUGGAUUCCAGCCUGAUCUAUUCAUUCUCCUCGAAGUUCCUGAAGAUAUUUUAAUUGAAAGAGUUGUUGGGCGUAGAUUGGAUCCUGUCACGGGAAAGAUCUACCACUUGAAGUAUUCUCCUCCAGAGACAGAAGAGAUCGCUGCGAGACUCACCCAACGUUUUGAUGAUACCGAAGAGAAGGCAAGUCAAACCACUUCUUAUAUAUUUCCAUGCGUCUUGUCUCUGAACUUCAUAAAGCACACUCUUAGUCCAACCAGUUAUGUCUCAGAAUUUGCAAAACUGCGGCUGAAGACUCAUAACCAAAAUGUGACAGAUGUGCUUUCCAUGUACGACGAUAUAACUAUCAAGGCA